UACUGAUUCGCCCAUAAACAUAACUCAAGAGUGGAGGGUUUCCUCGGAAUCUGUGACCUUAAAGUUUCGUUUUCCACAGUUACUUUCGUUUUUCCGACAGCGGACGGUUUAUAUAAUGCAUGGCAGUUAGUGCCAUUAAACCAGACUGGAAACUGAUCGAAACAUCAUCGUGUUGCACACAGAUGGCACGGCGCAGCAUGUCUCUUCUUUCUCAGUGGUCCUCUCGUGUUUUUUCAGUGGAGCUCGAUGGAGCAAACGUCUACUUUUCAAUUCAAGAAAAGCACCGCGGAGAGGAAGUGCCGCGCGUCUUCAGAAGAAGCCCGGACUGUGACAGGUGUUACUCUCUUCUCGUCUGCAGCUCCGACAGAGUCAGGCAGGCCAGGUUUUACGGGCAGCUGCGAGACAAACUGAUGAGAGGUUUGCCGCCGGAGUGUGAUGUGUCUCCCAUGUCCUCGUUUCUGCCGGAUGUGAAGGGCUCUCUCAUCAAGGGCUACUUUCUAAAAGAUAACUCUGAGAGUCCAUCCUCGUCAGAGCGCUUUUUGCGAGAUCUAAUACGACACGAUCCGGUGCUUGUGUGCUCAUACUUGAGAGGUGACGACGGCCGGAUGUGGGCUCAACAUCUGUGGUCUCAUGCAGACAACCAAACUAUGGGAAUGCCAAAGAAGUACUAUGUGGUACCUUCAGAAGAGCCAGAGUAUCACCCAUCUACUCUCAACGUCAUCAACUCUGAUGUUUUCUACAGUUUUGAGGAGGCCCGUGAAGUUCUAAAACAGUGCGGUGACAUCAUCCCAGAGGCAACGUCUGUCAUGGAGCUCCUGCCCAGCAGAGCAGAGGCCAGAAGUAAACCAGACUUCCCUGUUAUUGUCAUAGAGGGCCUGGAUGCCACAGGUAAAACCACUCUGACAGAGUCUCUGAGGGAUACUCUGGGUGCCACUCUUCUGCGGUCCCCUCCCCAGUGCCUGUCCCCCUUGAGGGCCCGCUUUGAUCAGGAGCCGCCCCUCAUCCGCAGGGCCUUCUACGCUCUGGGGAACUACAUCACAGCAGAACAAGUAGGCCAGGAGGGCAUGAAGACACCUGUCAUUGUUGACAGAUUCUGGCACAGCACAGCAGCUUAUGCCAUUGCCACAGCUGUGAGCGGUCCAGUGUGCAACCUUCCAGCAGAGGGUUCGGAGGUUUACCGUUGGCCCGGUGACCUGCUCCAGCCCAGCUUGGUGGUUUUACUCACCCUGGACCCUGAGGAGAGGAAGAGGAGGCUGAGGGACAGGGGUCAGUCAGAGACUAAAGAGGAGCAGGAGCUGGACCACGACCAUCUUUUCAGACUCAAAGUCGAGGAGGCUUACCGGAGGAUCAGCGGCCCGGCUUGUGUCACUGUAGAUGCUAGUCCUCCUGCAGACCAAGUGCUCCAACAAGUGCAGCUUUUAAUUAGGGGCAAAUGCCACUUGUGAUCAGUUCUCCAUCUCCCCUGCUGUCGGCCAUGCAUCAAGUGGAUGCAGUACCUGCCUGCACCACUGGGUGGCAGUAAGGUGUUGUGAAUGCGAUGGUAAGAGGAACUGUGCCAGACUGGAGUGUGGAGAAGAGAUUUUGUUCAGAAUGAGUAAAGGUUGAAUGGCCAGGGGCCAGAACUGCAUGCUACAAUCAGAAAUACAUAUUCAUGUAGACACACACAUGUACGCACAGAUUCAGAGACACACACACACGCAGUAUUGUUAAGAAGUGUGCAUUUAACUGCUAUUGUGAAAUCGGAUUCAGUGUAGCUGCACUUAUUGACAGCCACUUCUAUUUGGACCAGUACUGAAGAAAUAAACAUUUAUAUGAGCAGGAGGUUUCAUUUAAGCAGACAAACAUCCAAAUCUCAAAAUAUACGAUAGAAAACGAAAAGACUGAGAGAUACGACAGGAAAAAGUUUACAUUUGUACAAAGUACUAUUACUUUGUUAAAAAUAAGUUUCAAAUUAAAAGAAAAUUACACAAAAUAUCUGUAUGGGUGAGUGAUUAUGCCUUACAUAAGCCUAAUAAAGACAUUUGUCAUAUAAA